AUGAAUGGUUUUGUCUCCGAUGUGCCUUUACCAACUAUGCAAGCCGUCCCUCUUGCCUUCACUGUACGCUUUUCCGAAAUCGUUUGGCUAGCAACUUUAUCAUUAGAAUCUGAGGGACCCCCUCAUAUCGACACGCAAGCUAUCGUGAACACUGGCGAGUUUGAUCAAAUCUUUUCAAAAAGGAGUCCAACUGGAUUUCUCCUGCUCAGAGGUCUUGAUCCAUUUACGGAAGAAAACUCGAUUUAUUCUGCAUGUAAAUUUGUAAAUGUCGCUCCAAAGCGUGUUUUCCUUGCGCGCGACAAGAUGACACGCGUAUCGAUGGGAUUUGCCUUUGUGGAGUAUCCCAAUCUGGAUGUAUGCUUGCCACUUUAA